AUCUAAUACCUUUGUGAUCUACCUUUCUCAAGUUUUCCACCAGCAACAAAAACAAUGGCAAACGGCCAUCUUCAAGAGCCCUUAACCACUUGUUUAACCAAAGAAACACAACAAUUUGACGAAGUGGGCUUGCAAGCGGAGAGGAUCUUAUACGUCAUGCCAUUCGCCAUGGUUUUCAAAGCCGCUUUGGAGCUUGGCGUCAUUGACAUGAUUGCUUCCGUAGAUGAAGGUGUGUGGCUCUCGUCUUCCGCCAUCGUGCUCGGUCUCCCAACCAAGCCCACCAAUCCAGAGGCACCGGUAUUGCUGGACCGGAUGCUGGUUUUACUAGCGAGCCACGAAAUCUUGAAGUACCAUAUGGUGGAAACCGGAAAGAAUGGUAGAAGUGAAAAGAUGGAGAGGGUCUACGCAGCUGAACCAGUUUGCAAGUUUUUCUUGAACCAGGGAGAUGGCUCCGGUUCUUUCGCCCCUCUGUUCAUGUUGCUCCAAAGCGAACUCUGUUUUAAAACCAUGACACAUCUCAAGGACUUGAUAUUAGAAGGAAAAGAUGCAUUCAGCUCUGCUCAUGGCAUGAAACUUUUCGAAUACAUAGGUUCGGACGAACGGUUCUCUGAGAUGUUUAACCGGGGAAUGUCGGAAGCUUCCAUAAUGAUCGUGAAGAAGGUUUUAGAAGUUUACAGAGGAUUUGAAGAUGUGACUACUUUGGUGGACGUGGGAGGAGGAAAUGGAACCAACAUGAGUCUAAUCACUUCCAAGUAUCCUCAUAUUAAAGGCAUCAAUUUCGAUCUAGCCUCGGCUUUAGUUCAUGCUCCUCUUUAUCCAGGAGUGGAGAAUUUUCCAGGAGAUAUGUUUACAGAAAUUCCAAAAGGAGAUGCCAUCUUCAUGAAAUGGAUACUACAUGACUGGACUGAUGAAGACUGUGUAAAGAUUCUGAAAAAUUGCUGGAGAAGUCUUCCCGAGAAAGGAAAAGUGAUAAUAGUUGAGAUGAUUACCCCAAAAACACCAAUGAGCAACGACUCUUAUUCUAACGUUGUGUUAGCCGUGGAUAUCGUGAUGUUAACACAUUGCUCAGGUGGUAAGGAGAGGUCUCUUCGACAGUUCGAGAGUUUAGCCUUUCAGUCAGGUUUCCUUCGUUGUGAAGUCAUUUGUCUUGCUUAUUCAUAUUAUGUUAUCGAAUUUCACAAAUAGAUACGAUGUUUCUAGAAGUCAAAAAUAAUAAGACUAUAGCUAGUCUCCUCAAUGUGGAGACACUACAUAUAUUGUUAAGGCACACAUGAUGAUAAGCUCAUGUAAUUCAUGUCUACAAGCCCAUCUAUAGCCCAUGUAAUUAGGUUUCUACCAGAAGCGUAAUUAUUUCCAUCAUAUAAUAAAGUCCCACAUUCCAAGA